AUGAGACAUCCGAUAGAUAGGCUGCUGUCAGCCUUCUUCUAUUGUCCCGCCGACGGUGACGUGCAAGACAGGCCAACGAAGUGGUGCGGCUACGCGAACGACCCGCAGCCUGUGACAGAUCGACUGGUAGAGUUCGCCGAGUACGGCUGGAAGAACAAGGCGUUCAGGCAGAUGACCUUUGGCCUGUACUGCCCACCCAACGCCUUCUGCGAGCAGGCUGAGGGUAUCCUGGCCACCUACACGGCUGUGGGUAUCCUCGAGUACUGGGACCUGUCGAUGCAGCUCUUCAACGCGCGAGUGACAUCACCGGUAUGGGAUUGGGAGGACAUGGAGCAUUCCAACAGGGGGCAGCGAUCCGGAUUGCGCGACGAGGUAGACCCUGACUCUAACCCUCACCCUAACCCUACUCACUUACCCUAA